CGACCUCGCACACCAUCGGUGACAAUCAUAAUAUUUCCUUUCCGCCACGAUCCCGAUUUCAUUGGCCACGAAGCUAUUCUCCAUGAUCUCGUCGGUGAAUGCUCUAAACCUCCCGCGCGCUUGGCCCUUGUUGGCAUAGGCGGCAUUGGCAAAACUCAGCUGGCCAUUGAGCUCGCCUACCGGUUAGUGAAGUUGGCUAAAAUGUCUGUAUUCUGGAUCAAUGCCGAAAGCCGGUUGAGUAUUGAAGAAGGCUUCAAAUCGAUUGCGUGGAAUGCUGCUUCGUGGAGACAAGAGACCGACGCAGGUUGGUUGCGGGUUUCAUACGAUUGGCUUUCUAACGAACGUAAUGGUCGAUGGGUUUUGAUCCUAGACGGCGCCAACGAGGAUAGUAUUUCCCAUAUCGAGGCAUCCUUACCGAAGAGCCAAAACGGGGCAAUCAUCGUCACAACUCGCCUUAGAGACGUGGCUUAUAGGCUGACUGGAGGCAGCCAAGAUGUGAUCGAGGUUGGACCUCUAUCAGUGUACGGGGCUGUUACACUCCUCGAGAAUAAACUAGGGCGGACAGCGACCGAACGGUUCUCAAAGAGUGGCGUAACAAGUAGCCUCGUAAAAUCGCUUGGCCUAAUUCCGCUGGCUAUUUGUCGGGCAGCGGCAUAUAUACAACACCUCUCGCCUAACCGUACCCUUGAGAAGCAGUUAGCUCAAUUAAGAGAUAAUGAGCAAGAAAAGAUCAAGCUUUUAGAGUUUGAAGUCUUCAGCUCCGACCGAAGUGGACAAACUCUGAGAAGUCUUUUCGGGACCUGGAAGUCUUCACUUGACGCUAUCCACUCUAAAAGGCCGUCCGCGAUAGACCUUCUGUCACUCAUGAGCUUUUUUGAUCGUCGAGGUAUUCCGAAAUGGCUGCUGAGACCCUCCAAACGAGACGAUGGUGCUCAGCAGUCCGACGUUCCUCCCAUAGAGGGCGAGGGCGAUAUGAACGACGAGAUAGACGCCAGCCUAAACGACGACAUGGAUAUGUUGAUGAAUCACUGCCUCAUAACAGCGAAUAGCACAAAACAAGUGUUCUCGAUGCAUGGGCUCGUCCAGCUCUCGGUGAAGAAUAACAUGGAUCCAUUUCUGCUACAGGCAUUUGAGCAGCAGUUUAUCAAGCGGCUAGCGAUGGCAUUUCCGAAAAACAUAUCUUCCAAUUGGGCAACUUGUGAGGAGCUUUCUGCCCAUGUUCAAUUAGCAGUCAAUUGUCAUCCGAGCGAUCAUUUGCUAGAAGAUUGGGCAAGUCUUCUACAUAACUGGGGUCGCUUUUCACGGUUACUAGGCAGAUAUGAGAUUGCGAUGCAAACGGCCGACCAAGUAUUAAUAGCGCGAGAGAAAAUAGGAAUGGAUAGUGCGAAAACUUUGACGCUGAUAGCUCUGAUACACAUGGACCGAGGGGUGUAUGACAGAGCUGAGGAGUUGUUCAGUCGAGUAGCGGACAUAUACAACAGAAGCCUGCGACUAAACGACACCCAAGCCUGGAUCAGCAUGAAUAAUCUGGCGUCGAUGUAUAAAGUCAAGGGCCAGUGGAAAGAGGCAGAGGAGAUUCAUAUCCAGGUGGGGAUACGUCGAGUAGAUCAUUACGGACAUGAUCACCCAAGGACGCUGGCGAGUAAAGCGAAUCUGGCGUCAGCAUACAAGGCUCAAGGUCGAUACUUUCAAGCCGAGAGGCUGCAGAAAGAGGUGGUUGAAGGUUACAAAAACAAGCUUGGCCUGGAUCACCAUUUAACUCUGACUAGUAUGAGUAACUUGGGAUCGAUAUACAGGCUUCAGGGAAAGUUGUUGGAGGCUGAGAGCCUCCAGGUGCAAGCAAUGGAAUCCCUCAAAAUAAAAUUUGGGGUAGAACAUGCUGAUACACUCGCAAGCAUGAACAGCCUAGCAUCAACGUACAGGGCUCGAGGCCUCUUCGACAAGGCCGAAGCUCUACAGGAACAGGUAAUGGAGAUUCGCAAUGCGAUCUUUGGGUCUGACCAUCCCAGUACACUGGCCAGCAUGAAUAACCUCGCCUUGACAUGCAGCGCCCAGGGAAACCACGGCAGGGCGGCGAAACUACAGUCAACGGUAGUAGAGGUUUGCAAAGCUAAGCUUGGGCCAGAGCACCCUCAUACUUUGACGAGCUUGAACAACAUUGCUCUCAUUUGGAAAGGCCAAGGGCGAGAUGCAGACGGCAAGUGGAAGAUGGACGAGUGUGUCGAAACUCGAUUACGGAUUCUUGGCCAAAACCACCCCUAUACCAUCGCUUCGAUGAAGGCAGCGGACAAAUGGUGGGAUCCCGUUUAA